AUUCUUCAACACUGGUAUGAUGCUUCAUUUGUCUUGUCAGUUUAUGUACAUUAUGUUCUUAAUGGUAAAGUUGUAUUCUUUUACAUGAGAAAAAGCAUCUUGUGGUUCUAAAGCUGAGAGGUGAAGCACGGUAUUUCUAUAGUGAUGUCAGUCAAAAUGACACAUUUUUCUUGGAUCAUUCUGCUCAUGAUGUUUGGGGUUUAUAGUGCUGAUGAUUGGGGUGUGAGUUACAGCUCUUCAUACAUCUGUGCACUAAAGGGGUCAUCAGUGAUAAUGUCCUGCACUUAUAAACACCCUCCUGGAUAUAAGAUCGAGAAAGUGUUCUGGUUUAGCGAAUUUCGCGAAAAGGGUGUAGAGCCUCCAGAUCUGUCUGAUGACUCUGAAUACAGUCAGAGGAUUCAGUAUCUGGGAGAUAAACAGCAGAACUGCACCAUCAGACUGAAUGAUGUGACACAGAAGGAUUCACACGAGUACUAUUUCAGAUUCAUUACUAAUAUAACUGAUGGAAGAUGGACUGGUUAUCCUGGAGUGACUCUUAAUAUCACAGAUCUUCAUGUGGAGUCUCCUGAGAGCGUGACAGAGGGAGAUACAGUCAGUCUGACAUGUAAAAGCACCUGUAAUCUGACUGACAGAACAACAUUCAUCUGGUGGAAAAACACACAGUCAUUAACUGAGAGAAACAAUAAACUCCUCCUGCAGUCAGUCAGAAGAGAGGAUGCAGGCAGAUAUAGCUGUGCUGUACACGGACACAAACUCACAUCACCUCAUGUUGAUCUCAAUGUUAAAUAUUCCCCAAAGGAGACGUUUGUUGUGGUGAAUCCAUCUGGUGAAAUAGUUUUGGGUAAUUCAGUGACUCUGACCUGCAGCAGUGAUUCAAACCCACCUGCACAAAUCAGCUGGUUUAAAGGGUUAACAUAUAUUGGAUCUGGAGAAAUCUACAGCAUCACAAGUAUCCGCUCUGAUCACAGUGGAGAAUACAAGUGCAAGUCCAUUAAUGAAGUUGGAGAGAAAUACUCUGAUACUGUCACUUUAAAUGUCAUGUAUUCACCCAGGAAUGUCUCAGUGUCCAUGAGUGGAUCUGGUGAAAUAGUUUUGAGUGAUUCAGUGAAUCUGACCUGCAGCUGUGAUUCAAACCCACCUGCUAACAUCAGCUGGUUUAAAGGGACAAAAUAUAUUGGAUCUGGAGAAAUCUACAGCAUCACAAGUAUCUGCUCUGAUCACAGUGGAGAAUACAAGUGCAAGUCCAGAAAUGAAGUUGGAGAGAAAUACUCUGAUACUGUCACUUUAAAUGUCAUGUACUCACCCAGGAAUGUCUCAGUGUCCAUGAGUGGAUCUGGUGAAAUAGUUUUGGUUGAUUCAGUGAAUCUGACCUGCAGCUGUGAUUCAAACCCACCUGUUCUGAACUACACCUGGUUUAAGGUGAAUGAAAGUUCAUCUGUUGGAUCGGGACAGAGUUACAGUGCACUACAGAGUGGAUUCUUCUACUGUGUGGCUCAGAAUCUACAUGGAUCUCAGAGAUCAGCUGCUGUACAAGUCACUUUAAAAGCAGUUAAGAUUUGGACUGCAGUCGCUGGGGUCACAGGUGUAUGCGGAGGUCUAAUUUUCAUUAUCAUCAUUUUGUUUGUGUGGAAGAAAAACCACAGACAUGAUGACAUCAGACAAAAGCAGGAUGAUCUAUAUGUCAACAUAACCGGCAGAGAUUUAACCCAUGAUGGUGCUCUUUCUAAAGUCAAUACAGCCAAUCAAAAUCAUGCCCAGCAUAUGAGUGUUUCUCCCAGAGGCCUCAGUGGAGAUCAGACUGCAGGAAGAACUCUUAAUUCUGGAGAUACUGAAGAGAUCCAGUAUAUAACUGUCCAGUUUCACAGAAACCACGAGAUGAAGAGACCAGAAGAGAAUGAAGCCCAGUAUGACAAUAUUAGAAUUCACCAGCCUGAUGCUGCCAUGAGAUCUGCUGAUGAAACAGUGGAUGAUCAAUCAGUGAUUUACAGCAGAGUCAAAUGAUCAUGGGGGGCAUUUAUGACAAAAAUCAAACUUCAUUCACUUUUAUUAAAAAAAUUAUAAUUCCCAAAGAAUUUGUUAAAUGCUCAUAUGUUGUUUUUUAAUAUCAGUUUCCAAACAUUAAUCUUUUCUUUCCUUUUCCUUUUUUUUGGUGAAAUAAAUACAUUUGCUGCAGUAAUUUUUGUCUCCAGUACUGUUCCACUCUUUGCACGAUGUCUCCCUCUUGUGGUGGGACAAAGUCAGUACCAGUGUUUUGUGUUUUUGUUUGUUUGUUUUAUGAGCUUUAAAUGGGAAGCCUUAUGGGUGUAAAUAUUUACUCUGACUUCAUUUCGAUUAUAAUUCUUUACCUAACUA